AUGGUGCAGUCGGCGUCGCCAAACGGGUGUGUGCGUGAGCUGGGCCCUUGCCAAAUCCGUUGGGGUUCCAAGACCGCUCCACAUUCGGCAAGGAACUUGGUCCUUAGGUCUGGGCAUUUCGGCAAGAGGGCAGCCCAAUCACAAGUUUGUCAAGGCUUGGUUUGUGACAAUUCUUGGAGCUGGGUCAGCAAAGCAUGGCCAAGGUACAAGGAAUUUGAGAGGGAAGAUGAAAGGGUGCUAGGGUUUUCUCAUGAACCAAGGCAAUGGGAGGAGGAGAUUUCCGGUGAGAUACCUCGUUGUGGUGCUGUGGCCAAGGGUGAUUUCCGACAUCUUAUUCAUGGUGGUGCAAACAAGAUGUCUGAAAGUUCUGGUAGAGAAAGUCAUGACCCCCUUGCUUUGGUAUGGAAGAUACUGAGAGUGAGGAGCCCAGCGAAUAUGUUUAUUCUGAAUACGAGAGUUCCCAGAACAGAGGGUCUAGUAGAAGGUCUUAGAGAAAGUAGGAUGGCAGUGCAUGAGGGUGAGAGGGAGGCUAUAGCUGAUCGGGUUCUAGCCUUGCCUCAUACACCAGAGGUGGGCUCGAGCAAUCAGGCAUCACCGUCAGGGUCCGUGGGUGUAGCCGUGGCUUCAGCUUCAGAAGGAGUGGACAUACAAGUUGGUGUCCCUUUGGCUAGGUGGAAUACUCUUAUAGAAGUGAAGUUGGCUAAUCUUCGGAUAGAUUAUAGUGUUCCACCUUAUUUGGGCUUGAGGUUACCCACUGCAGCUGAUGUGGUACCGAUGAUGUUAGCCAAGCUGGGGUAUGCGCCGAAGCAAUAUAAUCCCAACUUUUGGAUUCUUCUGCAUGGGGUUUACAUUGUCUGGUGGUUGAUUGGGUUGGGGGAGCCAACAUUUGAGCAAUUCAUGUACCUAUACUCGAUUUCGAAGUAA